AUAAAUUGUAGGGCUAUUCUUGAGGAAGCAAAGGAGGCUCAGAAGUUUAGAGAUAGACCAUAUGGUGUAAGCUCUGCAGCAUUAGCAACAGGGAAGAAACUUUCCAAGGAACAAGAAGUUAGUAAUGAUGAUCCAUUCAAGUUAAAAACAGGUGGAUUGGUGAGCUACCAGGAAAUCAAAGAUAGGAACAGGGACAGAUCAGAUGAAGACAAAGGUGACCGUGAUGUUUCUAACAUGAGCAGCACAUUUGCUGCAGAAACGAAUAAAGGAGAUGAACAUGCUGAUAUGAUGAAGUACAUAGAUGAACAAAUGGCAUUAAAGAAGGGGCUUGGCAAGGAUAAGCAGGAUGAUGGUGUAAAGUACAAAAGUGCUGAAGAUAAACUGUAUGAGCUGCCAGAGCAUUUACAAGUGGCUCAGAAAAAUCGAACAGAAGAGAUGCUGUCCAAUCAGAUGCUUUCAGGGAUACCAGAGGUUGAUUUAGGGGUAGAUGCAAAGAUUAAAAAUAUUGAGUUGACAGAAGAGGCUAAGCAGAAACACAUGAAAGAACAAAGAUCCAAGAAGAAAAAUAACACGUCAUUUGUACCAGCAAAUAUGGCUGUUAAUUACGUACAGCAUGCACGCUUUUUAUAUGAUGAUUCUGGGGGAUCUAGAAGGCAGCAGCAGCAGCAGCAGCAACAGCAACGUAAAGAGGAACCUGCUAAACCCAAACCAGUCGUCGUUGGUGAUGCAAAUGCAUCGAAACAAUCAGAAACUGAGACAAAGCCACAAAAGCGUUCACUAUCUGAGAAAGCAACAGAUGACUAUCACUUUGAAAGGUUUAAAAAACAUCUGAGGCGUUACUGAUUGCAAAUAUUCUGCUUAUACAUCAUACACAUUGUAAACGUAAAUCAUUUUUUGGAACCUAUAGAUUUAUUUAACUUAACACCAGUGAAGAAGAUUACAGUGGAGUCUCAAUGAUACUGAGUUUAUGGGAUGUUAUUGUAGUGAGGAGUUAUUAAUAAUGUGUAACGUUGUAAUAAUGAUGAGUGGUAAUAAGUAUGCCAGAUGUCAAAGGCUUUAGAAUUGAGCAAGAAAAUUGUAAUAUUUUUAAAACCAUGAAUAUAAGAAAGUAUAGAAAGAUGUAAACUACGUUUGAACAACAUAAGGAAUACGAAGUACAUGAGAUGAGGACAUUGUACACCAUAUAACAAUUUUACAACUUCAUGUUAUGAAAUUUGUCAUUUAACAAAUUUCAAAGGCAAAUGUAAUAAACGCAAAUAUUUGAAGAAUAUAAAUGUCCUUUGAGUUACUGAGGAUGAGGAGGGAAGAACAAAUGUUAUUUAAUAAGAGUAGAAUCAAUAUCUACAAGUACAAUAGCACUGUAAAGUA